AUGCAGGCCAGGACCCGGCUGAGUACUGCCAUCGGCCUGUCCUCGUGCCCUCCCGGCUUCUCGUGCAGGUCGAGUUCGAGAGCUCCCGGGCCGCGGAGCGGAGGAGCCCGAGUCCACGCAGCACCAUGGACACGCCGGGGGAUUCCGAGGGUCCGGGUCCCGCUGGAGGUAAGCGCUGCGGGGACACCCGGUGCACCUGGCGGCGGCCGCCCCGCCUCCUCCUGGAAGCUUGCAGCCUGCCUUCCUCGCCUGCAGCCUGCCUUGCCUUUAACUCUGUUUCCUAACAGCGGGGCCCUGAACGUGUGCCUUCGACCCGAAUCUGUACCCUCCGGUGAUGACCCUAUGGGAACUGCAGGAGAGGCUCCUAGGUGGCUUUCAAGAGAACAGCUGUUUACACUGAUAUCUGCAGCUUCCAUUAACUUGUGUUCCAGCAUGUACUAUUCCAUUCUUGGACCCUUUUUUUCCAAGGAGGCUGAAAAGAAGGGAGCCAGCAAUACAAUUAUUGGUAUGAUCUUUGGAUGUUAUGCUGUGUUUGAUUUGCUGGCAUCAUUGGUGUUUGGAAAAUAUCUUGUGCAUAUUGGAGCAAAAUUUAUGUUUGUAGCGGGAAUGUUUGUCUCAGGAGGAGUUACAAUUCUCUUUGGUGUGUUGGACCAGCUUCCAGAUGGGCCAAUUUUUAUUGCUAUGUGUUUUCUCGUGAGAGUGGCAGAUGCGGUAAGCUUUGCCGCAGCGAUAACCGCAUCUUUUUCCAUCCUCGCAAAGGCCUUUCCAAAUAACGUGGCCACAGUAUUGGGGAGUCUGGAAAUUUUCUCUGGACUUGGCCUGGUGCUGGGACCUCCGUUAGGUGGCUUUUUGUAUCAAUCUUUUGGGUAUGAGGUGCCCUUUAUAUUCCUGGGAAGUAUAGUUCUGCUGAUGGUACCUCUCAACAUGUGUAUUUUACCAAAUUAUGAGACUGAUCCAGGCACACACUCCUUCUGGAAGCUCAUCACUUUGCCCAGGGUCGCCCUGUUAGCCUUUGUCAUCAAUUCACUCAGCGCAGGCUUUGGCUUCCUCGACCCUACACUGUCUCUCUUUGUUUUAGAUAAGUUUAAUUUGCCAGCUGGAUAUGUGGGGCUGGUGUUCCUGGGCUUGGCACUGAGUUACACAAUUUCUUCACCUUUAUUUGGUCUACUAAGUGAUAAAAUGCCACAUCUGCGGAAAUGGCUUCUGGUUUUUGGAAACAUCACCACAGCUGGCUGCUACAUGCUCUUAGGUCCUGUACCGUUCUUGCACGUUAAAAGUCAGCUCUGGCUGCUGGUGCUGGUAUUGGUCAUUGUUGGCGUCUCUUCUGGGAUGAGUAUAAUCCCAACAUUCCCGGAGAUCCUCAGCUGUGCAUAUGAAAAUGGAUUUGAGGAGGGAUUAAGCACUUUGGGACUCGUGUCAGGUCUCUUUGGUGCAAUGUGGUCAGUUGGGUAA